AAAUAUUUAAAUGUGGACAAAUAAAUAUAGCAUAUUUACAAUACAUGCCAGAAAGAUACAAGAAUGUUGCGCAUGCGCAUAUUAAAAACAACAUUGUAGUUGGCAGUGAUCUGGGAAGUGCGGACUGUCUUUGGCAUCUGCCGAUGCGAUAGGCCGCCAGUCACUGGGCACCCUUCGCCCCGUCUUAGUGAUUGCCCAGGCAGGAUUCAGCCAUGGCCAGGUGUUGCCAGCCAAGCCCCUGCUCUAGGUCUUCUGCCUACACCCUGGCUUUGGGCCUUGGUUUCAUCACCCUGGGCACAACGCGAAUUCUCCUGCUAAAGCUCUCUGCCAAUGCAGAAAACAAGUAUGACUUCCUACCUGCCUCAGUCAAUCUAAUGGCAGAGGGUAUGAAGCUGGUAUUCUGCAUCAUAAUGUCUUUGCGGGUAAUAGUGAAGGAGGGACGGUCAUGCAGAGAACUUGGCUUCUCUUCCUGUUCGGAGUUUCUGAGCUUCAUGAAAUGGUCUGUUCCAGCGUUCCUCUACUUCCUCGACAACCUCAUCAUUUUCUAUGUGCUCACAUACCUGCAGCCUGCUCUGGCAGUUUUAUUUUCCAAUUUUGUCAUAUUGACCACAGCCAUACUAUUCCGGAUUGUGCUAAAGAGGCGUCUGUCCACAGUGCAAUGGGCAUCUCUGGUUAUUCUCUUCCUGUCCAUGGUAGCCCUUUCAAUGGGCACAGGGGGGAGCCAGCAUGCCACAGCGGUGCACGGGCUCCACCCAGGCAAGAUCUUGGUCUCCUCCAACAGCUGCUUGGCCUACACUCACCUGGAGGCAGAGCGGCUGAACCACAGCGCCGCAGACAGGGAAGGGCCACUGGCUGGGGGCUCGUGGAACGUGACGCUCGGGCAGGACCUGCGUUUUGGCCUGGGCCACGUCCUGCUUCUUCUGCAGUGCUUCAUCUCCUCCAUGGCCAACAUCUAUAAUGAGAAGAUCCUCAAGGAAGGCGACCAGCUGGCCGAGAGCAUUUUCAUCCAGAACAGCAGGCUGUACGUGUUCGGCGUGGUCUUCAACACGCUCACCCUGGUCCUGCACCCCGACUCUCGCUCCGUGGUUCUGUACUGCGGUCUGCUUCACGGCCAUAACUCGUACUCACUGGCCCUUGCUGUCGUCACGGCGGCCCUGGGCUUGUCAGUGGCCUUCAUCCUCAAGUUCCGCGACAACAUGUUCCACGUGCUGACGGGCCAGGUCACCACUGUCCUUGUCACCACCAUCUCGCUGCUGGCCUUCGACUUCCGGCCCUCGCUGGACUUCUUCCUGCAGGCGCCCGUGGUGAUGCUGGCCAUCUUCAUCUAUAACACCAGUCGCGCCCGGGACCCUGAGUUCGCCCUGCAGCAGGAGAAGCUGCGGGUCAUCAACGGGGAGAUGUCCGAGCGCUCGCGGGGGGAUGGCGAGGAGCUUGCGAGACUCACAAAAUCAGACAGCGAGUCAGAGGAGGAUUCUCUAUGAAAGUCUAGAAGGCUUGUUGGAUUCCCAAUGACUGCCCCAGGGACCCUCUGUAACUAACUUUAUGCGGCACACGCCUGGUCCCUGAACAGCCAGCACACAGUCCUCUGUUUUUUGGAAGGCUCAGCAACUAGGACAGCUGUCAGAGUGGACAAAGGUAUGUCAUAUGAAGAUAUCAGGUCUGCGGGAUCCAUGCAGUGUUGCAUGCAGGAGUGGUAUUUAUUCAGAGUGGGCCUAACUGCCAGCUGGCUCCACUGCAGUCUGCCGGGAAUCAUUUAAUUUACAGAAGUUGCACAUCCUUUGAAGAUAUUUUUGUGCUAUUAGUGAUACUUUGGUACCAGAAAAGCAUUACGUUGCAAUUUUAUAAUGACUGUUUAAUAACCAUUUCUGCAGAAGAUGCCAAAUAAUGUCUCUUUUCCCACCUUGAUCAGCUUAUAAUGACAUCUGAUUUGUCUGAUUUUCAGUUUUACUGAAAUGCUUAUUUCCUUAAAGGGUAUUAAAAGGGACUGACUUGUGUUUGUCAAGGAAUUACAUCACCAUGAUGAAAUAAUAAAAUAUACUCAAUUUCAGUGCAUUGUGCCGUGAUAUGCUACCAUCUUUAUUAUACGUUGUGAUAGUUUACAUCUCUAAAUUUGAGUCUGGAGGAUAUUGUGUCAAUUUUAAUUUAUAAUCUUUUGAGAAACACCAUUCUGCUUCAAACAAGCUCAAGUUCCGGAUCUCUCAUACUUGAAUAAUGUUUAUCCUCAUAAGUAUAGCAUUUUUCUUUGUGUUGACAGGAGGCAUAACAUUCCUGAAUUAAUGUGUUCUGGUCUUAUUUCCUUGCUAUUUUCUUUGUAAUGUGUGGUUUUUCUACAAUAUUGUGCUGUAAACUUCAAAUUUCCAAAAAUGUAAAUGAAUAAUUAAACUUUACCUUUAUGCCGUUUUGCA